AUGCUUAGGAGAAAGCCGGCCGGUCUAGCAACGAGUGCGCGCCUCGGGACGCGAGAAGGCGCGCUGCCGCGGGGAAGGGACCCCGGCGCGGGGCGCGGGGCGCGGGGCACGCGCGGCAGUGAGUGGGGGCUCCCGGGAUGGCACUGGGAAGAGUGUCAACAAAGACCAUCUCUAUGCCGACUGAGUUGCAAGGCCGUGAGCAAGGAGGAGCAGUGUAAGCAGACCGUCAGAGGAGCUCUGGGGAAAAGAGCCCCCUCCCCCUUGGAUAGCCGAGAGAAGAUCCGGCUGAAGGAAGAAUAUGAUAAUAGCCUCAAAGAAACCGAGAUGACAGAAAUGCUGAAGCAAGAAGAGUGUCAGAUUCAACAGAAGUAUGAUAAGUGUCACCAGCCACUGGUAUCUGUAGCUAGCUCCACAAUGAAGACUGUAUUCAUACAAGAGAACACAAAACCCGUUGAGAAGGAUGGCUUGAGGCAAGAAUCUUUGCCAGGUACUUCCAAUAUGGUUCCCGGAAUGCCUCAAUAGAUUCCUUCUUGAGAGACAUCUGGCCAGGCUGACUGCAGUGUUGAAACUCCACAAGAAAUAAAUUCCUAGGCUUUUCGGCAUAAAAUUGCUCCCAGAAUGCCUCCUGGCUCCAAAUCUCCUUAAGUUAUCGAAAGGUGGCUGAUUCUCAUGAUGCUUCUCUCAAAGCUACAAGCUCAGAAAGGGGCCAGCUAGGGCUCUGACUGAAGAUGGUAACUGUGUGAAUUAAACCAAAAUUUGAGGGACUGUGGAGGGGGGUGUCUGCAGGGACUCUCCAGCCAAAGUUCUGUUCUGAUAGCCAUGAAAACCCCCAAUCAUGUAAACAUUUCAACUACUGAUAGGGUAACAUAAACUCAUGAGGAUUUCAAAUAAGUAACCAGAAGACUUUUUUCUCUUGAUUUAUCUUUUUUUUUUUUUUUUUUUUUUUUUUAGAUUAGACAGUAAAAACAUCCAUUUCAUCAUG